AUGCUGUACAUCUCUCUGACCCAAAUUCUCAUUGACUGUGUGUCUCUCUCUCCCCGUCUCUCCCCUCAGCUUGAUGCUCGCUCCUUCUUCUGGGGGGUCGCCCCUGGAGCCGACAGCACAGUCUCUGGUUUUAUCGCCCUGCUGUCAGCCGCUGAGGCUCUCAGUCAUCUCCCGGACAUCGGGACGCUGCGGAAAAAUAUCAUGUUCCUCUUCUUCCAAGGGGAGACGUUUGACUAUAUCGGCAGUUCCAAGGUGGUUUAUGACAUGAAGAACGGGAACUUCCCCAUCCGACUGGGAAACAUCGACGCUUACCUGGAAAUGAACCAGGUUGGUCAGGGCUAUUCGAUUUGGGCUCACACUGACCCGGUGUCUCGACAGAACUCCAGCAUUGAAGGAGGGGUCCAGAGUCUGCUCAAGUCUCUCUCUGCUGCCACCUCUGGGACAAACGUCACCCUGCAGGAGCCAGAUCACAGCCAGCCCCUCCCACCUUCCUCCUUCCACAGGUUUCUCCGGGAGCAGUCCAUUCCGGGUGUGGUGCUGACCGACCACCAAGCUGCCUUCACCAACAGGUCUGUGCCAUCCCCACCCUGGCGCUGUGCCCAGUCCAGCGCUGUGACUGAGGAAGCCCCCCUCCCCUCUCCCCAGCAUCUCCUGCGCGCCCCGUUCCAGCAGUGAGAGCGAUAGAGGGCU